AGAAACGGAUUUAAUGGGACAUGGUUAGUGGGUGGAAGUCUCUAGGUUCCGAAGAUGCCGAGAGAGCUGUCUUUUCGGAGCGGAUUCAGUGCCGCAGCAAUUGUGGGUGAGGGAACAACAACGUCUACGGCCCGGCAAACGCAUCUGUACAGAUGGUCGUAUUUAUAAAUCCAAACCCUCCGUCGAUUUGAAAAGAGUUUUAAUUUGUUCAAAUCCAUACGAAACUCAUCUGCCACAAGCAAGAUACUUGCAUUUUCUACUACGAAAAACUCUUUCAUUGUAAUUGUUUGAGAUUGAGAGCCACACGCGCUGAAAAGUUGGCAAACAAAAAUAUCCGAGCAAAGGCUCCCUGGGAAAUGUGAAUCCAACUCCGGAUAACGUCCUCAAGUGCAAUAUGUCGAAUAUAUUGCCGCAGUGCAAUCGAUAAGCAGCGAAAUCCGUAGACGUAUUGCAUCCCAGAAAAGAAAUUCAAAAAGAAUGCAGUGGGACGCUGAUGCAGCUGGAUCGAUAUAGAACAGAUUUCAGGCGCGUUCAUAUGUGCAUAUCCUGCGGCGAGUGGCGCCAGUUGGUGUAUCCCAUAUCCUGUAUCUCGGCAUACCCAGAUACUCUGUUGCAGUGAUGAGAUCGAGGCUCUUUUGGAUACUGGCAAUUAUAUACUCCUCACUCCACCACAUCGGAUCGGGCUCCACGUCGACCACAUGUAAUAAACGACCGCGAGCUGGCGAUCCCUUCGACACUUUUCCGAAGAACUUCUGGCAGGAGUUCUCGUCGCCGUUCACCGACACGCCCGAGGAUGAGGAGCUGGAGGUCACGGAGACGACCACCCACGAGCCGUUCCCCUUCUUCGCCGAUCCGUUCACCACCCUGAACAUCAGCACCCAGCUGUCGUCCAGCGUCUAUCUGCACUGCCGGGUGAACGAUCUGCAGGGCAAGACGGUGUCCUGGAUGCGGCGACGUGGCGAGGACCUCACCCUGAUCACCUUUGGCCAGCACACGUACAGCGGCGACUCCAGAUACUCGCUGGAGUUCGAGGAGCCCAACGACUGGAAGCUGCUCAUCCAGUUCGCCAACGAGCGGGACGAGGGUCCCUACGAGUGCCAGGUGUCCUCGCAUCCGCCGCUCGUCCUGCUCGUCUACCUUACGAUAAUUGUUCCUCACGUGGAGAUCCUCGAUGAGCGGGGCUCGGCCACGCCGGAGAAGUACUACAAGGCUGGCAGCACCAUCGAGCUGCAGUGCGUCAUUUCCAAGAUUCCGCAUCCCUCCUCCUACAUCACCUGGCGGCACGGACCGCGUCUGCUCAACUACGACACCAGUCGCGGUGGAAUCAGUGUGAAGACGGACAUGCUGCCAGGACGUGCUCUAAGUCGGCUGUAUAUCGCCAAUGCCAAUCGCCAGGAUAGGAACUACACCUGUAUGCUGGGCAAUGAGAUUACGGAGACGGUGGUCGUCCAUGUGCUGAACGGUGAGGAGCCCGCCGCCAUGCAGCAUGCGAAUGGAUGCCGCCAAAAAGCCAACUCCUCCACAAUGGUUGUGUUAUUUCUAAUGUCCGUAUCCGGAAUCGGUCGGUUAUUGGAUUUGGGAUCGGGAAUGGGAUGGGGGUGGGGAUGGGGAUGGGGAUGGGGAUGGGUCUGGGGAAUGGGACGAUGACGACGACGACGCGACGGGAAUUAGGGAUCCUAGAUCCUAGAUCCAGAUCCCAGUUUUGUGGCGCGGGAAAUGCAUACACCAAAAGAAUCUUGUCCAGGAUUGCAUUUUCGACUUUUACUCUAAUCAUGGGUUGUUUAACAUACGAUACAUAGCAUAAACCGAAUACUAAGCUUAAGUCAAGUGUAUUUAAAACAAAAAUCCCAAAACCGAAAAUCGAAAGAUCAAAAACCAAAACAAAAACACAAACAGAAACUGAAACUGAAACAGAAACAGAAAACUUGUAUUAGUAAGGGCGUACGCGAAAUAUAGAUGAGAAAUUGAUUUUUAGCGCUAGAACAUAAUAUUAUUAUCAUAAUCGAAUCGAAUUGUACUACCAAACGGCCGUGUUUUGUUGGCUACAUAUUGAUCUUAUAUACAUCUAACGCAUCUAACGUAUCCAUAUUUAGCUCUUUGUUACCUCCACGUCAUUAUGGAACUACCUAGAUUCGUAAGGUCCAAGAACAAGUCCAAGUCCAAGUCCAAGUCCAAGCUUAAUUGUUUGUCGCUAAAAGAACCGAACUGCCUUUUAAAGGUCGUCAAAUCCCAAUCCCCCGUAACGCUCGUGUGUAUCUUUAUCUGUAUCUGUAUCUGUAUCCCACAUAACAUAUAGUAUACACCUCAGAUCCAAGGCCUUGUUAAAGAAAAAAAAUGGUUGUAGCUUCUUGAAAUCAAACAGCAUAUCAGUUGGGAUCAUUCUAAUCGUAAUAAUAAUCAAUACCGAUCGAAAUUGUAGCUUCAUCCUUGAUUCGUUUUUUGUCCUUGUCUAAGAUUUGAAAAUAUUUGAAUCCAUCGAUAGCUGGAGUGUUUUUGGGAAGCAAACAAAAAACUUGUUGUUAACUUAUGAAAUAAUUCCAAAGAAAAUUAUUACGAAUACGUGAGCUUGAUCAGAAGUUAGUUUUUCCUUGAGUUAAACCAUGAUUUACUGAAACCAAAAGUGUAGAAAAUAAAAAUAAAAGUAAAACUCUUAGGAAAUGUUUAACGUUAACAUAACUGUGCCAUUCAAAAUGGAUACAUAUCGUUUAAUUGUUGUUAAUUCGGUUGCGGAACCAAUGACCAUUUGAGGCAGAAGAAACUAAUUGUAUAUUUGUAUUUGUAUCUUUUUGGCAAGAAAAUCGAAAACACAACACAACUCGGACCAAUGGGUAAAUACUUGAUUGUUUAAUUGAAAACGGUCCCAAAAACCAAAUCAAAACACAACUACUUCAAUUAAAUGAAAUAAAUCACGAUCAAGAAUAAGAACAAGAACAAGAAGCAAAUGAAUAUAUUAAAUAUUAAUUUAUCGAUUUUGGGCGCGACAUGAGGAACCAUCAUUCGGUGUUCAUAUAGCCAGUGCCCACUGUAUCCCCUCCUACAUGCGAGUAUAUUAAUUUACGUCUUUAGCUUUAGCUUCAAACGAUCACCGCCUAUAAAAGCCCAAACAAAAUUUUUUCAAAAUCCUUACUGACGGCUUUUAAAAUUCAUAUUGCUUUCAAGAUCGGUUAAUAUACACUCUCUUUACAAAUUGUAUUAUGAAAUCAAAGCUCAGCUUGGAAUACACAACAAAAAAAAAUACAAAAAUCAUGAAAAAUAAGAAUAUUGAAAAAGCUCAAGGCCUAAGUACUUGGGUAAACUAAUUUCAAAUGGUCCAGUGUAGUUAUUGUAAAUUAUUCAAAUUGAUCCCGACCCAAAUCGGUAAUUGGUCUGAACCCUCGGAGUAUGCCCUUAAAUAACAAAAAUUAAAAACAAAACAAAACAAAACAAAA